CCGCCAAAAGUCCCGAGAGCGAGAGAAACAUGGUCGCUCUCUGAAAGCAAAUCUACCGUUUCUGGGCAGAUCAUCUGACUCCCUCUCGAUUAUCCAUCUUUGUCCCUGUGUGCCCAUUGUCAAGAGGAGAAGUUUGUGCUGUUCUCCACCACAAGAAUUGUGGAAAUUCUCUGUUUUGUGUGUCUUUAACUACAUAUCUUCUGCCGAAAUGCAAAUUCCACUUUGUGACAUUGCCUUCGAAUUCCCUGGAGAAGGACCAGAAUUUGUGCAUCUUCCGAUGGCUCAGCUUCCGGCGCGCACGAAGGAGGAACUGAUCAGAAUCAUGGAUCUCAACAGCAACUGGAGAGCAUUGUUUCAGGUGAUGAAGUUCCCAGAGGAAGAAAUCUCGCGAGCCGUGGAAGUCAGACGCGAUGGGAUGACUUCAUCGGCAUAUUUGGUGAUGAAAUUAUGCGAAUCCGGCUUUACAGUUACGGAUUUGUUUGUGUAUCUGUCCAGAACACGAGGCAAAAUAGCCAUGAACCUGCUGCAAGACUUGGUGGAUGAGAAGUACAGAAUUCUGCUCAAUAACACGGCCAAUAUCAGAGUGUUUCUCGAGAAGAUCUCAUUGCAGCUGGAGUAUGACUACCGAAAAAAUUACAGGCCGGAAGAUGGGGCAGAAGAGCGCGGAAGGGUCGGCCCGCUGGACAUCAGCGAUUAUAUGUACGACAUCAAUCCGAGAAUUCACUUGUCCUACCAGAAGAUCAAUAGUCUGACGCAGAAGUUCAGAGCAUCACUGAUCACCGUGAGAGGCUCCUUCAGCACACACUUCAUCGUCGACGAUACGUUCCAGGUGAGGCGCUUCCGUUUCGGCCAGCUGGGCCACUUUGAGCUCAACACUGCCCAACUGGAGACGGCGCUUCGAGAACUCGUGCAUCUGCAGCACUUCAGCCAUCGGAACAUAGCCAAAUUGUGUGCCUUCGGCAUCCAUAUGGACGAAAUGUGCUUGCUCUACGGCCUCGCGGAGCUCAGUAUCAAUCAUUACAUCCUCGAGGUGCCUCCCGUGGAGAAUUCCCUGACGCUUAAGCAGCGAUUGUACAUUUGCCGCGGAAUUGCGCGCGGGCUGAAUUUUCUGCACACGCAUCGCGAACGACCGCUGAUCCACAUGAACAUCCGUCCGGAGAACAUCUACCUCUCUAGCGGAAUGUCGGCCAGGAUCGCAAACUUUGCCCUGGCAUGCGAAGGUCCACUGGCCAGAGAUCCGCCCGUACCCCUAAAUCGUCUGCACUCGCUCUCCAACUACUAUCCGCAAGAGUACAUCGCUUGGCCGCACUACAUCUCCACGAAGCUGGACGUGCACAGCUUCGGCGUCACCAUGCUGAAGAUCCUCGUGCACAAUGACGGCGACAUAGAGGGCAGACAGUUGCUCGAGAUUCUGCGCGAGAUUGUGGAUAGCAACGUAUCCAUGGAUCCCCUGCUGGAUGCGGCAGGAUGGCCUGAGGACGCUGACAUGACCAUGUGCAUCCGUAUGCUCUAUCUUGCUCACCUUUGCACGCAGGAAGACUACAAUGUCAGACCUGAGAUGAGGAGCGUGUACAAGAGAUUCAGACAAUACCGCUGCUAAAGAACCUGAUUGAGCAAUUGUCCAAUAAAUCGCUUGUAAAUUGACGGAA